CGGCGCUCAUUCCCCAGCUGGUUCAGGCGGGCAGCUCGGCUCCUGGUGGCUGCGCGCUCCGGCCGGGCCAUGCCGUCCUACACCGUGACCGUGGCCACCGGCACCCAGUGGUUCGCGGGCACCGACGACUACAUCUACCUGAGCCUGGAGGGCACCGCGGGCUGCAGCGAGAGGCACCUGCUGGACAAGCCCUUCUACAACGACUUCGAGAGGGGCGCGGUCGACUCCUACGAUGUGACUGUGGCAGAAGACCUGGGAGAAAUCCAGCUGCUAAAAAUUGAGAAGCGAAAGUACUGGGUUCAUGACGACUGGUAUCUCAGGUACAUCACUGUGAAAACACCAGUAGGUGACCAUCUGGAAUUCCCAUGUUACAGAUGGAUUACAGAGGAUAAAGAGAUUGUCCUCCGAGAUGGAAGAGCAAAGCUGCACCGGGAUGACAAGACUCAGAUCCUCAAGCAGCACAGACGCAAAGAACUUGAAGAACGGCAAAAAAUGUAUCGAUGGAAGGAGUGGCAUCCCGGCUUUCCUUUAAGCAUCGAUGCGAAUUGUCACAGUGACUUGCCUCGCGACAUCCAGUUUGACAGUGAGAAGGGAGUCGAUUUCAUUCUGAACUACUCCAAAGCGAUGGAGAAUCUCUAUGUCAACCGCUUCAUGCACAUGUUCCAGUCCUCCUGGAGUGACUUUGCAGAUUUCGAGAAGAUCUUUGUCCGAAUCAGCAAUACGAUCUCUGAAUACGUGAUGCAGCACUGGCAGGAAGAUUUUAUGUUUGGAUACCAGUUUCUGAAUGGAUGCAAUCCUGUAAUGAUCAAAAGAUGCAGAGAACUACCCACAAAGCUUCCAGUUACCACCGAUAUGGUAGAAUGCAGCCUGGAAAGGAACCUGACUCUGGAAGAGGAAAUAAAGCAAGGGAACAUUUUCCUAGUGGACUAUGAACUGCUGGAUGGUAUUGAUGCCAAUAAAACGGACCCAUGCACAUUACAGUACCUGGCUGCACCCAUCUGCUUACUGUAUAAGAACAUGGAGAAUAAGAUAGUUCCCAUUGCUAUCCAGAUCAAUCAAACCCCUGGACCAGACAAUCCCAUUUUCCUCCCGUCAGAUGACAAAUACGACUGGUUAUUGGCGAAAAUUUGGGUUCGCUCUUCGGAUUUCCACAUGCAUCAGACUGUGACCCAUCUUCUGCGGACACACUUAAUUUCAGAAGUGUUUGGUAUAGCCAUGUUCCGGCAGCUGCCUGCUGUGCACCCCCUUUUCAAGCUCCUGGUACCCCAUGUGCGCUUCACAAUAGCCAUCAACACCAAAGCCCGAGAGCAGCUCAUCUGUGAAUGUGGCCUCUUUGACAAGGCGAAUGCCACUGGCGGAGGUGGACAUGUGCAAAUGGUCCAGCGAGCAACGAAAGAACUUACCUACAGUUCCCUCUGCUUCCCAGAGGAAAUCAAAGCCAAAGGGAUGGACAGCAAGGAAGAUAUUCCAUAUUACUACUAUCGGGAUGAUGGCAUCAAAGUCUGGGAGGUGGUAAAGAGCUUCACGACAGACGUGAUUGACAUCUACUACGAGAGUGAUGAGGUCGUGUGUGAGGACGUGGAGCUUCAGGCCUUCGUCAAGGACGUCUAUGUCUAUGGAAUGAAGGGCAACAAGUCUUCAGGAUUUCCGAAGACAAUCAAGACCCGCGAGAAGCUAUCGGAAUAUCUAACUGUGGCGAUAUUCACAGCGUCAGCCCAGCACGCGGCUGUGAAUUUUGGUCAGUAUGACUGGUGUUCCUGGAUUCCCAACUCCCCUCCGACCAUGCGGCAGCCUCCCCCUACAGAAAAGGGGACAGUCACAAUUGAGCAGAUUGUGGAGAGCUUGCCAGACAGGGGUCGCUCUUGUUGGCAUCUUGGAGCUGUCUGGGCUUUGAGCCAGUUCCAGGAGAAUGAACUGUUCCUGGGUAUGUACCCAGAUGAGCACUUCGUAGAGAAGCCGGUGAAGCAGGCCAUGAUGAAAUUCCGCAAGGAUCUUGAUGAGAUCGUCAGCGUCAUCACUGAACGAAACAAGAACAAAAAACUACCCUACUAUUACCUUUCCCCAAACCGCAUCCCCAACAGCGUCGCUGUCUGAGCAGAGCUCCAUGAGAGGCUGAAAGUUUGGAAAGCUCCAUGAUACGCGCCACUUCUGAGCAGGCCCAUCAGCAAAACAAGAAGCAACUCAGACCUCACUCAAAGUGGACCCUGAGUGGUUUUUGAGUUACAAAAUAAGUUUGGUUCUUACUUUAAUCAUCUUACAUGUAAAUUAUUAUCAGGAAACAUCAGUUCAAAUGUGUUCAGAAGUUCAUCUUAAACACUUUUAUAAAUAUUCAGACCCAGCAGUGUUUGCAAGCCAAAUUGUUCAUGAAAUCAGGAAAGUUCAGAUGACUAGAAACUGACUGAAAACAGAAACUGACCGGUCUAUUCACAUCUCGCAUUUAACUCAGCUUGGUCAGCAAAAAUACACAUCAUCAGGAGCAGCAAGUAAAUUAGAUUUUAAUUCUGUUUUAAUAAAUGGCAGUGAUAUCAGGAACACAACAAAGCAAAUUUACUUUUUAAAACUGGGCUUGUAAAUCCAAUUUUUAAUGUAUUUUUUAAUCUUAGUCAUAAACUUCCUGAUUUGGACCCAGAAAUAGAAGCCAGAAAAUAUCAUUGUGCAUUAAUAUGAAGUGGUGUGGCUUCAGUAAUUUUUUUGAAUCUGGGUGUUAUCUUUCUACAUGAAAUUUUAAAAGUUCUCUUCUCAAUGUCUUUCAUCAGAUGUUUUGUAGUAUUGUGUAUGGACAGACUUUUCACUAGCACAGCAAUAAAUGCGACUGAGAAGUGCUUUUGCUCAGUUUGUUUCUUGCCUGAAGUGGGUGGUUUUCAGGGUUUGGUUCACCUUUUUUGUUUGUUUAGUUUAGGUACAAUAUGGGCACAGUGUUUAGAAAUGAAAAUCUGAGGUUGUAGAUCAAGAGGGCUGGUGUGUGAAAAGCCCCUGGACCAGUUUGAGUCAAGGCUAUUUGGUGUCAGUUCGACAUUUCCUCUUUGUGCUGCAUUGAAGUCACUAGGCUUGACUAAUACGUGAUCUGGCUGCCACUGCGUGACACUAUGCAUUUUUGCAAAUUACUUCUUGGAAAAUGGAGAGUACUGUUGGUUAUAAAGAAACUCAGUACAAAAGGCUAAAUUCAUUUGUGGUGUAACCUCAUUGGUGUUACACCAUAAAUGAAGUUGGUCCACUCUUUUUUUAAACACAGUAAUAAUGAAUGUAGAAAUGAGAUUAGGGAAAUGUAAAGGGAAGGUUUAUGCUUUUUUUUAAUAACACUCUUGGUUAUUUCUCCCACAUUUUGUUGCCUGAAAUCUACCCUUGUGCCCCUACAGAAUGUAUUCUCCAUAGAAAAAGUCUGUUUUGCUAAUAGAAUAAAACUGAACAAGAAAA